AGCAUGCGCUCGCAGGCACCGAGCGAAACACGGAGCGAUGAGAGAGUGAAGAGGACGGACUCGUGGUGUGGUUAGGUCAGCCAUGGCGGACGAGGCGACAGCGAUGGAGGAGCAGCAAGAAGAGGAUGAGGAAGAUGAUGAGGAGGCAGAAGCAGAAGCUCAAGGAGGAGGAGGAGGAGGAGGAGGUGCUGAUGGCGAUGAAGACGAUGGAGUGGAGGAGGAGGAGGAGGAGGAAGAAGAAGAUGAGGAGGAGGAUGGUGAUGACGACGACGACGACGAUGGCGAGGAGGAGGAAGAGGGCGAGGCCGAGGACGACGAGGAGUUGAAGAAGGACGUUACUCCGACUCCCACUCCUCCGUCGCUGGUGGAGGAGGAGCAGCAGCAGCAGCAGCCGGCUGACUUUGCGUGCCCCAUAUCAUCGACCCCACCCGCUCCUUCUUCGGCCACAGGUCCUCCUGCUGCCGUCUGUAAGGAACUGCAACAGGUGGAAGUAGAGCUGCGUUUACUUGAAGCUCUGGAAAUUUAUCAUCCAUCCAAACUUCUAGGUAUGCAUCGGCACUUCAUCCUGUACGGGUUGAUGGAGUAUCUUGAAAGACGGCUCAAUCAUCACUAUACAGCUGAAGAGAUUCUAGAACUCUUAGAUCGCUUCUACAACCUAGAGCUUCUGAAACCCGAUGAAGAGGAGCUGGAGCUGUUGAGCCAGGAGGAAGAAUUUGCACUGCCUGCGUCAAUCCUUGCGGUCAAGGAAGAACCAAGAGGAUCUUCGUGAAAAGAAGUGCAUGCCAAGUGUUUCUUCUUGAAGACCGGAUUGCAGAAAUGUAACCGGUCACAUAACGCUUGCUGGAGCUAGCAUCUUGUCGCCAUUCGCUACAGCUGCGAGCGUAGCUGCCCGGUUACAUCACAACAGCGCCUGAAGGCUUGCCCUGAGGAGUAUAUGUAUGGCUCAUGAAGAAGUUCGUAUAAUAGAAACACAUUUACCAUCCUCCGGGACGAGCAUUGAUUUCAACUGUAGAUCGAGGAAUGCGCCAACGAGACUUAUUUACGUUGAGUGCAGCUCGGAAUAUAUUGCGCAGGUUCUGCCUGUGCAACAUCUUUGAAGUGAAAAGGCUGCUGAACUAAAUGGGAGCAACCCUGAAACGAAUUAUGCUCUUGACCGAGAGGGUUGAAAUGAUCAGGGUCAGAGUUUCUCUGGUUUCAUCUCAUUAGCUGACAAAAAUGAACCGUUAAAGAUCGAGAUCUAGUUAGAUGAUAUUUGCUGUGACGGUUUACCUGUAUUCCAGUUUAAGAAGAGUUACUCGACCGUCUACCACGAAUUGAUGUCUAUACUAAAUGUCAGUUUGGAUCUACUCUCAGAU